UGAUGACGAUACAAACCCUUGCAUAAAAUACUUAAAAUGGUGGUGACGUUAGUAUUAUAUUGCCAAUUCGCAUAGAUGUUUAACCGCAGCCAUCCAGGAUAAUAAUGGUUUGCAUAUUUGUUAUUAUAAGUACAAACCAUUAUUUCAUUCAUUCAUAGUUUGUUCUUCCUAUGUCGUUGUAAAGAACACUGGCCCACAAUAUAUAUUGAAAAUUUCUAGACCGAGAGAUGCACCAAAAUAAUCCCAAAAAAUAAAAAUCAUGCGUAUGUGAAAUGUAUGACAAGGAAUAACAAAGCACAAAAGUAAGUUUCUGUGGCUAUGUGUUGUGAGGAAAGCAAUAUAAUAAUUCUACCAAGCAGUAUAGGAUUUCAAAGAAAUAUGUAUUUAGGAGAUUACUAAAUAGUAGAGUCUGAAAUUCCAUUGGAUUUGCGUGGAUGAAGUUCAGGGUUGCAGAUAUUUGUAAAGGCGAAUUGUGAGUGAGGAGAUGAAGUCAGUCACAUCAGCAUCAUCAACUCCUGCACAACCUGUAGGCUAGGCUGGCCGUGUUUACGUGAAGAACAACAAAUGUAGAACUACUGAAGCUACAAACGCAACAAGUUGGCAUUUGGUCAACAAGUUAUUUAAUCAACAAUCACUAAUCAGGCACAAGAGAUUUCUCCAAUUAUUCAAGUCCAACUUUCAUUAUAAAAUUAAGCAGCAGUAAAGCUUGUGAGCCAGUGUCCCUUUAAAAAUGACGCAGCCAGUUAUGAAAUCAGACUGAAAAUAUCCACAUUUUUCAGUAAAGGAAGCGGUACUAAAUGGUGAUCCAGCUGGGGCUUUGUCGUUGUUUAUUAAUUAAGUUACAAGAAGGGUGAAGCUGCAAGAGAUUAUCAAGAAACAAAAUGGGAAACAAGGGAGACUUGCUUUUGAGUGAAUACACAGGGUCCACUUCCCUCCUAGCAAUCGCUGAAUUUACAUCAUUGUCAAUUGAUCAAAUCAAUUUCAUUGCUUGCCAAUUCCUAGCAGUAAUCCUCAGUUUUAUCCUCAAGAAAUAUGUAAAGCAUCCACGGGCGAGAUUGAUGUAUUGCCUAAUUUCCGGCAUCUGCAUCUGUAAUUUCUGCUUUGGUGUCCAAAUAUUUCAUGUUCUCAUCUCGGCCGGAUUGAGCUUUGUCCUUAUUCGUUAUUGCUGCCGAUCAACUUAUAUGCCAUGGUAUGUUUUUAUCGUAUCCAUGUUGUAUCUGGCAUGGCUGCACAUGAGGAGACAAUUUCUGGCUCCCGGUUAUUCCUUAGAUAUUACAGCCCCCCUGAUGGUCCUAACACAAAAAGUGACCUCUUUGGCGUUUGCUAUAAAUGAUGGGAAAAAACAAAAGGCUGACAAGAAAAAUAGCGAACUCGAAAAAGCCUAUGCAAUUAGCGAGGUUCCCGAUGCAUUGGAGUUUUGGAGCUACAUUUUCCAGUUCCAAUCAAUGUUAGCGGGACCUUUAGUAUUCUUCAAAGAUUUUCGACAAUUUAUUUAUUAUGACGAAUCGCCCAGUUCAGUUGUUGUCGUACUCAAGAAAUUGUUUGGAAGUAUUUUCUUUGCAUUGCUGUACUUGAAAGUUGCUCCAAGUUAUAAUAUUAGCCAUCUAAGAGAGGAGGAGUUCCUUCAGAGAGCUUUUUGGAACAAAAUAGUGUUCAUUCACGUGUCGACGUCGUUAGAGAGAUCCAAGUAUUACCACGCUUGGAUUUUAUCGGACGCCGUGUGUAACGCAUCAGGUUUAGGUUACAAGAAAGAAACCAAAUCGUGGGAUUUGGUAACUAACGUUGAUGCGUUAGCGUUCGAACUCGGCACAAAUUUCAAAAAUAGUCUUGACCAGUGGAACAUAGGCACGAUGAAAUGGUUGAGGUAUGUCGUAUACGACAGGUGCAGUCCAAGGAUUAGGACAGUGGCAACCUACGCCUGCUCCGCUUGCUGGCAUGGCUUCUAUCCUGGAUAUUACAUAACGUUCUUUAGUGGGGCUCUAUUCACAUCAUCUGCAAGAAUUGUACGAAGAUUAAUUCGACCCCAUUUUAUGAUGAAUACCGUUCUCAAAUCGUCAUACGAUUUUACUUCAUGGUUUAUUACACGAGUCGUUAUUGCUUAUGCGUCGUUCUCGUUUUGUCUUUUGGAUUUUUUCCCUAGUUUAAAUGUGUACAGGAGCCUGUACUUUUUUGUCCACAUUGCAGCUCUCGCUGUGUUCUUACUGCCAACAAUAAAAAGUCUUGGUCGAAAAAAUAAUGCUGUCUCCUCCUCGACCAAUGGUGUUAGGAAUGGCAUCAUGAACAAUGGCAAUUCAAGACAUAAUGAUCCCUUGCACGUGAUGUCCAAACAACGACAUUCAAAUUCCGAUCCAAAGAUUGUUACUGCAGAAAAUGAAAUGACCAAACUGAAAACUGGGUAAUAGUAUAUCGUAGUAAAUACGCUGGUGUUAAUUUUGUAACAAAUAUAUAUUGAAACGAUAUUUUUGACAAAUGACAUUGCUAUUGACAAGGGUCCACUGGAAAACGUUUGAUAGAGACUGAUGAUUUAACGAGAUUUGAGGUGCUUGAGCAAUCUACUUUUCUAAUAAGAAGCUUUAUAAUAAUGCUACAUUGAAAUUGAUAGUUAUUAAACAUUAAAGUGUUAUAUCAAGUAGAACUCCUGAAAUAUCACACAUAAGAAUGCACUAAUACUAAUACGCAUAUUGUGUGUUGUAUAGCAAUUUGUAUCUGCUGCUCCCUGUUUGGUUGUGGAUUAGGUUGGACAAAAAUUCCUGAUGAACUUAUUAUUUACUGUUCUGACAAUGAAAUGCAGAAGAAAAGUAUGGUUCUAAGUUUGUGUUCUUAAAUAUGUUGUGAGACAAGGAUACAAUUGGUGUUGUUAGCUUUAAGCCAUCUAAAAAAGAGCAUAAUAAUUCAUGAGGCUUUAAUUAAGUCUUCCUUAGCUGAAAUUUUAAAUUAUUUAAUGCAUGAUUAUGGGGAACAAGCAUACUCAGGAUCAGUGAAACAUAUUUGUGGCAAUGCAAUUUACAGCUUUUAAAUUAUGUAGACAUACGAUAUAAGACAAUCAUGCAAAUUAGAGUUUAACGAGUCUGACUAGUGAUAUGAAUUAUGUAUGUCUAGUAUUGCCUAGAAUGCAUACUGAAUAUUUUUCAUAUUGUGACAAAUUGCUUUAUUUUACAGCUUAUAUAUAUUGAAUGAAAUUAAUAAAAUGGAACAAUAAACUUUUGAGUGUAAAAAA